UUGAAACAUGCAUGCUCGGAAACCAUGCCUAUCGCAAGCCCAAAACGUGUUUUUAAUAAACUGCCAUUCAUUCGGGGCUUUGGUUACACGUUAGAAAUUGCACUCGAUUACUUUGUUGUAAGCUUUUGAAAAGGAUGACACGCCCCAGAUCCUGCGUAAAGAACCACGAUGGCUUAGACAAUGGAGAUUGAAAUGUUUAGACAUAUUAUUUGGCUUGGCGGAUGAGAUGUGUCCUGAUUGGUCGGUCAAGCUAAUUGGUUCCACCAGGUAUUAUUGAAAAGUGGCUGGUUUUAUGAAAAUACCCAGGAGAAUUGACUAAUGGCUUUGCCUCCGUUCCAAAGUACUUUGCGUUGUUCUAUUUUAAGGGAAAAAGCUUAUUAAGGUUUGAGAUGCCCUGUCAAGUCAAAUACUAAGCUAAGUCCUUCCUGAAUAAAUUGACUUUUUCUAAACCUUCCUGUAAGAGAGAAUUAUUUUUCUUACAUGCCCGGUGAUCCUGAUCAACAUUUGAACUCUCAAUCACUCGUUACGUGACAAGGGCCCAUGGAGAUUUUGAAAGGUGAUUGACAGACUUGUGGCCAAAAGCCACGAGACAGGCUUGACAAUUCGUUACUAGUUGUGUUGACGGCCGUACACAUCUUUUCCUUACAUACAGUUGACGGGUUGUAAGUUUAGAAAGCUAUCCAACUGUGUCAGUCCUAAACUGAUUGUCAGAAUUCGGGAUUAAACAUUUGCAGCAAUUUUACGAUAACAAUCCUCCACAAAGCGGCUCGUCACCCUGGAGUUGAGUGAAUAAGCAUCGUAUGGCACAACGGGUCAGUAACCGAGCGUUCCGUUUGCCCGUGAUGCCGGCUUCUGGCGCCUUAUGAUGAAGUGGGCUCUUACGCGAUGGACGUUGCAACCUCAAUGUACGAUCACAGUCGCUCAGCUCAGAUGCAACACAUGAACCACACGAGCGCUACCUCGCCGUACCAUCACACGCCAGCCUCUGGAGGAGGAGUGUCGAAUGCGAUGAGCGCUGUUUCUGAUAUUCAUAAGAGAGAUAAGGAGUUAAUAUAUGGGCAUUCACUGUUCCCUCUUCUGGCACUCAUCUUCGAGAAAUGCGAACUGGCAACGUGUACUCCUCGGGAGCCCGGAGCUGUCGGUGGGGACGUGUGCUCGUCCGCUUCGUUCAACGAAGAUAUCCAGGUAUUUUCGAAGCAGUUCAGGAGUGACAAGACGAUUUUCUCGUCCAACCACGAAGUCGAUAGUUUGAUGAUUCAAUCGAUCCAAGUCCUGAGAUUUCACCUCCUGGAAUUAGAAAAGGUGCACGAGCUGUGUGACAACUUCUGUAAGCGCUACAUUUCCUGCCUUAAGGGGAAAAUGCCCAUUGAUCUUGUUAUGGACGAGAAGGAAAAUAUCGGCAAAAGCAGAAGCGACAGCGAUACUUUGGACAUCGAUUCACCGCCAGAAAGCGCCCUGCCACAGGCAUCAAACUCCCAGAGCUGGCAACCCGGUCAAGGAGAUGAGGCCACCGGUUCAGGCUCCAAUUCUCAAUCAUCGUCCCGACCACCGUCCAACUCUGGGGUCGAUGGACCUACAACUCCGGAAGACCCUUCGUUAAACACGUCUGUUGGCUCGGAAGAUGGAAACGGUGACAAUACGGACGACGAACAAUCGAAGAAAAGCCAGAAGAAAAGAGGAAUAUUUCCCAAAGCAGCAACUAACAUAAUGAAGGCCUGGCUUUUUCAACAUUUAACGCAUCCAUACCCAUCCGAGGAACAGAAGCGGUCCUUGGCUCAGGAAACCGGACUUACUAUACUACAAGUUAACAACUGGUUCAUCAACGCGAGGAGACGUAUUGUUCAACCGAUGAUAGAUGCCUCAAACAGAGCAGGAAAGUCACCGGUUGUCACUGUGUUUAAGUCAAGACGACGGAAGAACUCUCUCGGUCAAGGUCUUCCUUCACCGGGACCGAGAUUCGGUCCUCCAGGAGCACCCCCAGGAUAUUACCCAGAUCAGCAUCACCCACCUCCUCAUCCCAACUACCCGCACAUGGACGGUGGAGUUCCACAGCCCCCGCACUUUGGACCAAGAGGAUAUAUCCCAACAGGCGAUCCCUCAGUUAGUGGAGUGGGUACAAUACCCCCUAUGUCAGCUAUGACCGGAGGACCGCAUUCCAUGCACGCACAAAUGCCCGCACACGCCUACAGAUCGCCAAUGCCUCCAACUUCGGUUCAUCAGGCGCAACCCAUGUACAUCCCUGGUCACCCCCAUGCUAUGAUGAUGCCCCCACCGGGGCACCCGCACGCUCAUCCACAUCAUCCUCACCCUGGACACCCUGGCCAUCCGGGACUACCUUCCACACAAACUUCACCCACUUUAAUUUCGUCAGAAAAUGUGUUGACAAUGUCACAGCCCGUCAUGGACAUGCACUCGAGUUAAAAGAAAUAUGAACAGAGUUAACAGAUCCUUCAUUAGCUUGUUCUGUUUCGCGUUGAACGUCAAUACUACGCUUAGUCAAGUAUUUUUAGACAUUCGGAAAGCAAAAAGAAUAGAAUUAUUGAUUAUAUUCCCGCAAAGUUUGUAAAACUUUCGGUUUAUGAAGAUUUUAUAGGAAAAAUUCAAUGAAUAGAUAUGUGUCGUUAUAGAGAUCUAUUAAACGUGCUUCCCUGUCGUGUGAUGAUUGCCGCCUAUGCUCUUCCUUUCAAAAAGGAGAUUUCAGAAAAUUUUAAAAAAUGAAGACACUUUUUGUAUGAUUUGAAAGCAGUUUCUCCAAGAAAGGUGUUAAUGUUGAUAUGAUGUACCAUAUUUCAGUAAUAACGACAGUUUCUUAGUAUUUUGUUUAUAUGUGAUGCUAUUUUGUAAAUGCAAAUAGAUAGACUUUUAAAAUUAAUCCAGAUAUAUAUAUACAUAUAUAUAUAUGAUCAUGAUUGAAAAUUAUGUAUUUGUUAAUGAGAAUUGAAAGAAGACACGAAUAUAAAUGCUCGCUCAAUGCUUCGCGAGACUUUGUUCUGUA